CUCUACUCGCCUUCAUCUACACCCCUCCGCUCAACCUAUUGAUAGCUACAAAUAAGAGCUUAGGCUACUGUCUUGGAGUGGACUAUUUGACUCAGCGUAUUUCCGACAGGCCCGCGGAAAAUUAGCGCAAGUUUUUGGUUUGGCCUGGGCUGGUUUGCUGAGCUGUUCACCCCGCCUUUACAACAGUUUUCCAAGCAACUCCAGUUCGACUUCACAGCGAUACCCAGUAUUAUAUCGUAGAACACCGGAUAAUUACACUACGCCAUGGUCGACCGCGCAAAUCGCCCGUCAGCGCUAAACGCGCCGUCGGCGGCUGCUCCAGCACCUCAGGUAGAAAUUACGGGAUCGGGAACUAGCUCCAAGGUCACGGCAACGCUGCCCUCUGGUGAGAGCGUCGAGGUGCUGCUGUAUGGUGCGACGGUGAUUAGCUGGAAGAGCAAUGGUGGCAAGGCAGAGAACCUCUGGUUGAGUGAGAAGGCGGCGCUUGAUGGAAGUAAGGCGGUUCGCGGAGGGAUUCCGGUCGUCUUUCCUGUCUUCGGUCCUCCUCCCAAAUCUGGUCACCCCACGUCCGCCCUUCCGCAACACGGCUUCGCUCGAACAUCACGCUGGGAAUUCCUAGGAAAAGCCACGUCCGAGGAUGCGCUGGAUGCCGCGGGAAGCUCAGUCAAGCUUGACUUUGGCCUCUACAGCUCGAAUCUGUCGCCAGAGGCGCGAACAGCGUGGCCGUUGGACUUCGGACUAGUAUACAGUGUCACGUUAUCAAAGGACAGCCUGCAGACGGUUAUGAAUGUCCGCAACGAAGGCGAUCAUAGCUUCGAGUUCCAAAUGCUGCUGCACACGUAUCUGAAGGUCAAGGACAUCUCCAAAGUCUCGAUAAGUGGACUCCUUGGCGUCGACUACGUUGAUAAAGUUCUGAAUGCGACGACACACAAGCAGUCUGAUGCCUCAGUCACCAUCACCGGCGAAGUUGACCGCGUCUAUGCAUCCAUCCCGCAGGACACUACGACGGUGCUGGAGAGCGGCACGCCACGCUUCGAUGUCGUCCGCGACAAUCUGCAAGAUACCGUUGUCUGGAACCCAUGGAAGGAAAAGGCAGCCGCGAUGGGCGACUUCUCGCCUGACAUCGGCUUCACGGAGAUGGUGUGCGUCGAGGUUGGUGCGGUUAAUGGCUGGCAGAAGCUGGACAAGGGAGAGGUAUUUGAAGGGGGACAGACCAUCAAAAGCUUGCUUUGAGCGGGGUUGGGGUUGAGACUGAUCUCCGCAGGUUGAGGCGAGGGGUGGCAUGGUUGAUAUCUUGGGGAUAGACUGGUUUUGGGUUCCGAUGUGCUCAGCAAAGAGCAUGAUGCUGUGGAGUGGAGCGGUUGGGUAUUCUAAAUACUAGUCACUAGUAAUGAUUGGACAUGAUCCAAAAACAUGC